ACUCGGCCAGUGUCCGCGGAGUUCGCGCGCGCCGCACCCGCGUAGCCGCCUCGUAGCGAUCGCGUAGCCGCCACACUAAACUUUGUAUGCGUUCAGUGACAAGUUGUUCUGUUGUAAGUGUUCAUUUACAAUAUCAGUACCACUUAUGUACAAUAUAUUCGCAAUCUCAAGUGACAAGUACAUUUAUAUACAGGGAAAGUAUUGGCUAGAAGCGCGGUUAAAAUAGAAAGUGUGCGCAGGAGUGCGAUGUCUUCAGCUGCUGUAAAUACGAGCGUCCCGAAAUCUUUCGAGACCAUACCGAAACAAAACGAUUCCUGAAACAAUCUGUCAAAAAGUGAUCACAAUCAUGGAUUUCAAUUCGACACUCACGAGUCUGGUGAAUGCGACGGAGAUGCUGAACAUGACGGGUGUGGGUGCGCACGCGCCGCCCGCGCGACACCUCAGCAAGGUGGUCAGCGUGCUCGUCAAGGUGGUGUAUGCCAUCGGCAUCGUCGGCAACGCGGCCGCCAUCAUAGCGCUGCGGCGCGGCGAGCGGCGCGUGCGCAAUAGGAAGCAUCUGCUGCUGCUCACCUCGCUUGCUGCUAAUGAUCUUGUGGCUCUGAUGGGCAUGAUGUGCGCGAUGCUGGUGGGCGAGCACGUGGCAGGCGUGCGGACGACGCGCGCGUACUGCGCGACGCGCGUCGUGCUGCGCGUGUUCGGCAUCGGCUCCGUCUGCAUCGCGGUCACCAUGGCGCUCGAGCGGUACCUCGCGCUCACCAGGCCUUUCCUCUACCAGAAGCAAGUGACGUACUACGUGAUCCGCACGGCGCUGCUGGUGUCGUGGUUCUGGGCGGCGUGCCUGACGUGCGCGCCCAUCCUGGGGCUGGGCCUGUACUACGACGAACGCUCACUGCAGUGCACGCGCUACCGGAACGCCGAGACCCCGACCGACCUCGUCUACGCUGCCUUCUAUGUCGCCUUCGGCACGGUGCUGUGCAUGGUGCUGGUGUACUGCAACCUGGCGGUGAUCCGCGCGCUGUACGCCAUCACGGCGCCGCGCGGCAGCCAGCCCGUGGUGCGGCGCGUCAGCAAGAGCAGCGCCAGCCGCCAGCGCCAGCGCAGCGUGCACAGUGCGGGAGCGGGCGCCGCCGCGCAGCCGCCGCUGCACAACGCCGCCACCGCCGAGGAGGUCGCCUUCAGCAGGCUCAUGGCCACGCUCUCCGUUCUCUUCAUGAUAUGCUGGAUGCCGCAGAUGCUGACAUCAGCCCUGUACCUGGGGCUGGGCCCCUCAGCGUGGGCGCGGCUGGCGCCGCUGGCCAACCUCUCCGACGUGCUCAUGCUGCUCAACUACGUGCUCAAUCCCAUCCUGUACGUGCUCAUGCGCCAGCGCCGGCGACUCUCGCUCACCAACCUCUGCCAUUCCAUCGCGCAUUGCUUUAAGCGGAGUCACAAGACAUCGACGGAGUCAAUGUCGAUGAAGACGUCGUGCUGCCCGCAGGAGACGCUGGUGGUGAGCGACAGCUCGGGCGCGGCGGCGGAGCUGCGGCCGCUGCGGCCGGCGCUCAGCGCGCACCCCUCGGCGCACACGCUGCGCAUCGACGACUGACCCCGGCGCGCACACUCGCGCUACUGAUUUGCUAUCCAUUAUCAAUUCAUUGUCUUUUAGCGAAGUCAAAAACCGGGUGCCGAUUCAUAAGCAUAUCUAUUAAUUAGUCAUAACUCGGUAACUCAAUACACGUUAAAAGCUUUACCAUAAUGUCUUUACUUCGAGUAUUUCAUUAUAACCAAAGACAUUUUUGUACGCAAGUUCAACUCCGUUAGUUAAGAGCAAGCUUUUUAAAGUUCACAUAAUUUUUAUGUUAUUUAAUUAACUAGUCCUUGAGAUGAGCCGAGUGCUGUUUUUUUUAUGUUCAAUAGCUUGGUUUAGUAUCUAUACUAAUACUAGCUGUUAUCGCGACUUUAGUCUGAGAUGAGAGUAAUUUCAGAAACUAUGGGUCCGACUUGAAAACUUCGUUCAAUGUUAAUUGAGUAAGAAAUAUUCGUGUAUCAUCAUGCUAUAAUUAUUAGGAGCGGAGCAGUGAAACAUGUUACAAAAACAGACCGCAGAAGAAUUUGCGUGCAAAAGCAAUUUAGUAUCAAAUAAACAUGUUUUAUGGUUGAUCUACCAACAUAGUUUUAAGUGUUUAGCAUUUUACCGGAACGUACCUAACAGUAACUUUUCGAAAUUGGAUGUUUGUGUCUAGUCCCAAACUAUGUAUGUUGUCACCAAUGAUGGUUGAGUAUUUAUCUACAUUUUAAAGAUACGUAAAAUAAAGAGGAACCCCUGGGUUUCCAUGAAGGAAAUUAUAAUAUCUACAUGUCAAUAUAAGUUUAAACCCAUCGAAUAGUUGUAACGAUUGUAACUCGUAAGUCUUUGCCAUUGAUUUAACAAUGGUCUAAUCUAUUUUUUUGUUGUGUGGCGUAAACUAGAAAUAACUUCCUUUAGAUAACAUUUAUAGGUUUUAAUAUCUACACGAGAACGCAGUAGGCUAGUUAAGGACAAUGAGUAGAUAUGUAAUCUACUGUUUUUUAUCUAGCCUGCUGUUUCCCACUGCCGGGCAAAGGCCUACCCCAAACAUAAACAUUUCUCUAUCCUGCGCCACUCGAGACCAGCCUAUGCGUUUAUAUCAUCCCGCCACCGUGUCCUAGGCCGACUUACCUUAUAAGAACAUGUUCGGCAAAAUAUUGUUUUAUUGCGAAACUUUCAAAGAGCCAUCUUGGUCGCACUCCGCAGCUCUGAUUACCCGAAGUAUGUGUUUAUACGUAAGUAAGCAGUUAGAUAUAAAUACAGAUAGGUAUUACUUUGAGACAUUUGUGUAAUUGUAAGUGUUUGAAUUAGAAAAUGUUAAUAUAUGUCAGAAAAUAAUUAAAUAGUUAGCUAUAAUUAGGUAUAUACGAAUUAAGAUGAACAAUUUUGAAAUGAUUUACGAUCUAAAUAUUUUGUUAGAAGUCGUAAUCUUUAAAGGAUACUUUUGUACAUAUAUUAUACAUUUAUUCAAUACUCAAGCAGUCUGUUGCUGAACUAUGAUAUCAGCAAUACGAGAAGUAUUAGUUUAUUCUAAUUAUUAUCUGUUGUUGCGUAUUCUGUGUAUAUACAUAAGCAAAACUUACCUACUGGGCAAUUUUUGCUUAACUUAUUCAGAACAAUCACCGUCACGUGUAAAUAGCUUUAAUGUUUUAGUUAGGUAUAUUUUAUAACCAGUCAAUAAGGCAAAAUAAAAAUUAAAGAAUACAAAACUUAA